AAAACUCCUCCCCUCUCUCCUUAGAAGCAUCAACCCCAACCCUCACCCUAAGCCUGAUUUUGCUGUCCAUCAACGGACGGUUGUGAGAUACUACCAAACGCUACUUCGCAUUCACAUCUCUUCGUUCCAAGAGAAUUUCUCAGGCCGGUGAAGACCAUGAACAGGCUCGACUCCUACCGAGAAGCUUCGAAGAGGCCGUGGGACGAGAAGGGCAGCCUCUAUUUGAGCACCGGCGCCCCUUUCUACCCUCGAAUCACCAGCGAUGCUGGCGGUGCAAGUACUGCAAUGCGUGCGCUGCCUCCUCCGGCGCCUAUCAACCCCCGAAAACUCCUCAGGCUGUCGGCCCUCGACGAUGACGUAGCUUCCACCGUCGUCCCUUCGGUUACGGUCGUCCUCGAGGGCCGCUCCAUCUGCCACCGCAUCCAUCUCCACAAGCACAGCAGCUACAAGAGCUUGGCAAUGGCACUACGCCGUAUGUUUGUCGAUGUGGACGACGAUGAAGGCCUCGGUGGGAAUGCACCCGAUGGGCUCGAUCUCUCCAACGCCGUGCCGGGCUACAUGGUUGCCUAUGAAGACAUGGAAGAUGACCUCCUCCUCGCCGGUGAUCUUAACUGGAAGGAUUUUGUCCGUGUGACUAAGAGAAUUCGGAUAAUACCAGCGAAGGCGAGCCGCCGGAAGCACUGCAAAGGGCCAUGAGUGUGAUGGAGAUGCAACUGGCGCCACCAUUGCACUCUGUGAAGUUUGUAUUUUUAUUAUUUUAUGAAUUUUAUUCCUCAUUAAGCGAGGCUGUAACUAGUUCUCUUUGGAGGUUGUUUUCGUGGGAAUAUAUGAUCUGACAUGAUAUAAUAUGAACGAAGGUUUCCUUGGAAUAGGAUUGCAACAUUGGAGA